UUCCACACUUCACACUUGCAUCGGUAAAAGUCAAUAUUUAAAAAAAAUAUUUGAAAAAAUUACGGAACGAUUUGUUUCAUUAUCGUCAUCACAAUAAAAGAAUAACAACACAACCAGCUGCAUAAACUGGGCAGGAUAUAUGUUCCAUACAAAUAGACGAACCAAAAACCACACGGAAAACUCACUAAACCGGAUUUUAAAUAAAAAUAUGCCACAAAAGCGGAAAUUCAUCAAAAAACCAAACCCACAUGGUCUCCAAAAUCUUCCCACCCUUAACGCAGAUGUAAUUUCCUCCAUCUGUUCCUGGCUGGGUCUCCGCGACGUGAAAAACUGUCGCCUCGUCUGCCACGACUGGAACAUCGCGGCCAAACCGAUCCUCAAGAAAAAAAGUGUUAUUAACCUUACCUGUAACUUUUGGGAAUCAGACUUCGCUCGAAAUGACAAGUUCCAAAGCGACAUGGCCUCCUUCGGACGGCUUCACCAUGUCCACCUUGAGAUGGGAAACCACUCCAUGGUUAAUUACCGCUGGCUUAGAGAUCCAGAUUAUGUCAGUGAUGCCAAGUUUUUCACGAAUUACCUGUUCCCUCGAAAACUCGGGAUAACUGCGAAAAUUACCUCGGUCAAGAUGUCCCAAUUUUUGGAAAUUGUUCUCCUCUCGUGUUCCAACUUGGUCCAAGUCGAGUUAGGUCUGCAUAUUGAAGAAGACAUGAUAAAGAAAAAAGGGGACGAUCUCCAAGGAUUUCGUACAGGAUUUUGUGAGGGGAAGGUGUUCAACAAAGUUAAGCGGUUGGAUCUGCCAUUUUCCCCGGUAAAUUGAUAUCUCGGGAAGGUUAAGGUGCCACAAUUUUUGGCCGCUUUUCCAAACAUUGAAGAACUCAGGGUUGAUGCGGACAUGCUGCCGGUUCUGUUUGUGAAGGGGGGUUCAUCUCCAAGAUUCUUGUCCAAAUUGUGGGUCAUGCGUGGCAUGUCUGGCUCCAUGUGUGCCGCCUUACUCAACUUGACCCAGCCCCUUAAUUACCUCCACAUCGAGGAAGCCUUCGACCCUGACAGCCAAGACUGGAAAAACGGUCACGAUACCGACGUCUCCUCCUCUUUGUAUGCCGUCCUCUCCAGAAAUCGCCACACUCUAGAAUAUCUCGACCUCGGCCUGGCCCAAUUACGGGAGGGCAGUGAACCCUGGAAAUUUCCAAGUUUUCCUAACCUCAAACGAUUAAACAUCUUGAAGGGAUUCGAUUCGCAUGACGACCAUGGUGUUCUUUUCGAUUCGGAAAUUUUAGACUAUUCAGAAACCUUUCCGAAGCUGGAAGAGUUACAGUUCACACCGUGGGAGGGCAAUUGGACGCGCUAUUUCCAGUCCUUCUUUCCCCCAGGGAAAAAAAUUUGCGCAAGCCUGACCUGACUCGACAUUUCGGACGGGAAGAAAUAUCUUAAUAUUAUCGGGAUUCCCGAAUCGGGAACUUUUAUCGGGAAGUUUUACCGGGAAGUUUUAUCGACAUGUUUAGGGAACGGGACGAGGGGAAAAUUGAUGCCAGGUUUGCCCGAAUUUUGAACCUGUUUCCGAAUGCGGACAACCUUUUCAUGCAGGAAUUGAGAAGUUAUUUGGUAAAGAAGGGACACAUUCAGAAACAAAAGAGUAAAAAUAAUCAAAACCGGAAGUUCGGGAAACGCAAAACGAGAUCCAUGACAAAAAAGGAAAUGGGUUUUUGGUAAAAUUUGGACAGUUUUUAACGCUGAUAUUUUUGAGUAGAACCAAUAAUUUGGUUCAACUCCAUCCAUCUUUUUACUCAACUUUUAGUAAAUUUUAUUUGUCUAACAUUAUUUUUAAGAGUGUCGAUUUUUCGGAACUGAGAAGUAAGUGUGGUCUAAUUUAGCAAUUUUUCAUUUCAGUAUUUGUUAUGAAUCUUAAAUUCAGAUUGUAACAUAUUUAAAAAAAAUUAUUUAAUUAGAAAUUAAUUUUGCUAAUGUGUCAAGUGUUUUUAUUGGUUUUACAAUUUUUAGGGAGAAAAGUGCAAGGAAACUUAUAUAAACGAUGGAUUGGUAACUAUUGAAAGAAUAAAUAUACGAGCAGUUAUGUACAUAAACGUCUGAAAUUUCAAGCAAAUCACCAAUACGCAAAAAAAUGAUGCAAAAAUUUGCCAAUUUUCUUACAAAUGGCUUAAAUCUACAAAAUUUCGCUUUUAACUUAUCCGAUGUUGAAUUGCUUAAUUCACCAAUUAUACAUAUGUACAUAUGACCGUUUUCGCUGUUAUUUUAGCUUCAUCAGGCGUAUUGGUUUUUGAGAAUUGUUGGAAUUUUUAUUGGUUGGUUUACAAGUUUAUAUAUUUGUUGAAUUUCACAAUAAAACUCUGUAUGAAACACAAUUUAUAAAUUAAAUGACCAGAUUUACAU